AUGUCGCCUGACCAAGAAAAACAGCCAGGGAAUAUAGCAUUGAUUAUGCAACCGAGACACGAAUACCCAAAGCAAGUCGUGUUUCGAAAAUACGAACAAAAAUACUUGCAGAAUCAUGUCAUCGAAACAAAACAAGCAGAGUUCGAGUUUGACUGUGGUUUGAUCUGCGCUCGACAUAAAUCGUGUGCCUCAAUCAAUUACAAAACAUCUGGUAUCGGUAAAGGUCGCUGUGAGCUCAACAAUAAGACACAUCAAGACAUAACUGAUGACGAUAAAACAAGCACCCCUGAAUUCAACCAUCUUGUCAUAAUUAAACCAUUGAGCAAGGACCCUGGUCAGGUAUAUUCCACAAUUUUGAGAGAACGUGAAGUAGUUCCGUCAUCUUGCAAAGACUUGUUACUCAAGAAACCAUCAACGCCCAAUGGUACUUACACUCUGCAGUUGAACACAUCCUCGACACCAUACGAGGCAAAUUGUCAAAUGACAGAUAUUCCAGGUUGUGGAGUUGGAGGCUGGACACUAGUGUUGAAAGGGAACGGAAAUAAGCAAACAUUCACAUACGCUUCGCCUUACUGGACGAACAAGGAAAGUUAUGCAGUUGAAGAUGGACUUGAAGGACUAACAGAGAAAGAAAGUAAACUGGCCUCUUAUUGGAACACUCCUUUUAAGAAAAUAUGUCUUGGUAUGACUGUUAAUGGCAACAGAAAAUGGAUGAUGUUAAACUAUGAAGCCAGUUCGCUUUACAGUUUGAUCGCAGAUGGGCAAUAUCGAAACACAGCCGCUGAGAGAAAUAUUUGGAAGUCUUUGAUCGCGGGCUCUUACUUACAACCAAAUUGCAACCUUCAGGGUUUUAAUGUAAAGAGAUCUUGGAGUGGUGGCGAGGACACCAUUAAAGCGAGGCUUGCAUUCCUUGCUAACAACGAAAACAGUUGUGACAGCCCUGACUCUUGGAUUGGUUUUGGUGUAAGAUACCGUGGUUGUAGGACAUUCGUUGAUCUCGCCUGUGGUAAUCGUGCAGUGUGUAGUGAACCAUUCAUGCCAACAAAUAUUCCAGCAUUUGGAUACAUAUUGGUGCAGUGAAAAUAACUCAUUCAUUGAUAACUUUAAGAAAUAACAUUUGAUUGUACGCAUGCACCUUGGCUUAUUGUAUAACCUUUUAAC